AUGCCACGGAGGCCGUCAAAACAUUCCGGACCUGUGCAGGAUACAGUCCCACCCGUCAGCGCGUCUGCUCUUUUGGAAGAGGUGGACGGCAGAUCAUUCGGCGAUCUUGAUAUCGACUGGAGUUUAUACCAGUCUCAAAAUGAACAGCUAUUUGACCCUUACAACGGCUUGGCCCCGAACUUCGCCUAUGUGGAAGACCAACCCACUACCGCGCUUUCAGCUGCCAUCCGAAGACUCGCCAGCCUGCAUGUAGAUACGCUCGACUGUCUUGGGAGCUUUCCUGUCAUCGAUAUCUCUGAAGAUGGAACGAUAACACCUGCUGAGCUUGGGACAUGCGCAUCCAAAGUGUCCACUCAGUUUUCCUUUGACGAACUAUUUCGUCUUACUACAGAAUUUGUCGAGAUCUUGGAGGCGCUCCAUGCCAUCCCUGCACAACGCAUGCAUGGUCCCAUGGGAAUGUUUAGCUACGAGAUGGACUUCGCGAAAUCGUCGGCGCUAUCUCAGCCCCUUCCUGAUCACGGAGCGGCAGCUGCCCAGAAGGGCAUGAAUACAUCAAUGAGGCCCUGGUCUCACGUGGACGAAGCAACCGUCUUGUUGCUGGCAUCCUGCCACAGCCGACUUUUGCAGCUCUACAGUGGAGUCAUCCAACGAAUGCAAAUGUGCAUCGAGCAUUCAUUGCGGCCGGGCUCCGGGAGCGAUUGGAAGGUCAUCCUCCCCAAAGUCCAAGUCGGCUCACUCUCGCUGCCGCCGCUACAGGUAGAUCAGGCUUCUCCGGCCCCUUCAAAGGCGACGUCCUCGAUGUACAUGGUCAUGAUCACGACGCUGUCGACGCAGCUGUGGGAGAGGGUCGGCUUGCUGUUACGGACAGGUGAUGGAUGCGCUUCCGGCAUUAUGGACUGGUCUGAAGCCAACGCAUCAGAGUUGGCGUGGUGCAGAAUGAAGGACGGGACUAAUAAUCUCAAGCUUGAAAUCACUCGUGUUCAGCACCUGUUACAAUGA